AUGGUUAAGUUUGUUUAAAUACUAAGUCUGAAGAACGUGUUAUCGAAGCUCAUUACUUAUAAAGAGACACUGCUUCGAUAAACUUCAUUCUUAGCUUCCUCUCUAAAUUAAAAUCAGUGUCUCAAUCAAAUUCACUCACAAGAAUUGCAAGUCAAAAAAAAUAAUGAAAUUCUUAGACUGUUAGAGUCAAAGUGCAACAGUCUAAAGUCAGAAUCACAAGAAGAGUACUUCCAAGUCAUGGAGUAGACCAUUCAACUCUUAGAUUAGCAACUCCAACUAAUCAAUAAAAUUAUGAAAAAGCAGAAUAUUAGAAAUUAAAUCAAAUACUCUUCCUUAAGAUCAAAUAUUCUAGAAAAAGCAGCCAAUCAUUUCUACGAAAUUUGGUAAUUUGAUUCUGAAAAUAUGGAUUACCUAUAAAAAUAUUUAGAUAUUGUCAAAUGCUUCAAAGGAACUUUGUGUGAUCAAUAUCUCGAGGGACUUUGCAAAUAUGCACAAUACACCUAAGACUACGAAGAACUUGCUAACAUCUAUAGUCAACUUGAAAUGAAUAAAUUUUCUGAGACUUAAAAAAGAUGUGCCAUGACUCUUUUCAUGCUAACACAAGAUGAACUCUACUAUGAACACUUCCUUUUAAAUGAAUCCAAUUUGGUGGAUUAAUCAUUUGAAAUCAGAUUUCAUCUCUUUGCUACUCAAUAUUUCCAGUAAUAGAACUGCUACCAUACAACAAAAUUUCACAAAUAACAAUGUGAAGAUAUGUCAUCCGAAUAUUAGAGAUCCAUUGCAAAAAGCAACUUGGAACUUUAAUUGUCAUUCAUGAAAAACUAAAGCAAUCACUGAUUGUGAUUUGUAACCAGUUUUAUAUAUAUUAUAAUUAUUAUGUGACUUAUAAUAUCCUA